CGGCGCGACAUCGACCGCAUGCACGGUCUCUUCAACCGCAUCGACCGCGACAAGAGCGGCUGCAUCUGCUACUUCGAGUUCCUCAUGCACCUCGACCUCGACAAGAGCCCCUUUGUGGAGAAGGCGUUCAUGCUCGCGAACGUCGACAGCGCGGACAACAUGGACUUUGCCGAGUUCGUCGGCUCGCUCUAUGUUUAUUGCACGCUGUCCUGGGACACGCUGGUCAAGUACGCCUUCGACGUCUGCGACGUGGACCGGAGCGGCGUCCUCGAGGUGCGGGAAGUGGAGGAGCUCGUCCGGUCCGUCUACGGGAAGGCGUUGGACGCGCGCGUGGAGCAGCUGUUGCGGGUCAUGGACAGCGACUGCGACGGGACGAUCUCCUUCGACGAGUUCCGC